UGCAACCUAAGCUCGGAGUGCAAACUUCGCUCGGUGUGCAGCCUUCGCAAGGUGUGCUGCCCAUGCAUGGAGUGCUGCCUUUGCACGGACUGCGGCUUUCGCACUGAGUGCAGCCUUUGCACCGAUUGCAGACUUCACACCGAGUGCAGACUUCGCUCGGAGUGCAGCCUUCACACGAGGUGUAGCCUUCGCAUGGAGUGCUGCCAUCGCACGGAGUGCAGGCUUUACACGGAGUGCAGCCUUCGCAAAGAGUGCAGCCUUUGCAAGGAGUGCUGCCUUCACAAGGAGUGCUGCCUGCACAAGGAGUGCUGCCUUCGCAACGAGUGCUGCCUUCGCACGGAGUGCUGCCUUCGCACAGAGUGCAGCCUUCGCAUGGAGUGCAGACUUUGCACGGAGUGCAGCCUUCACCCGGAGUGCAGCCUUCACCCGGAGUGCUGCCUUCAUACCGAGUGCAGCCUUUGCACGGAUUGCAGCCUUCACAAGGACUGCAGCCUUCGCACACAGAUCAGCCUUCGCAAUGACUGCAGCCUUCGCACAGAAUGCAGCCUUCGCAAGGAGUGCUGAUUUCGCACAGAGUGCUGCCGUCGCACGGAGUGAGGCCCUCACACGGAGUGCAGCCUUCGCACAGGGUGCAUCCUUCGCACCGAGUGCAGCCUUCGCACGGAGCGCAGCCUUCACACCGAGUGCAACCUUCGCUCGGAGUGCAACCUUUGCUCAGAGUGCAGUCUUCACAUGGAGUGCAGCGUUUGCACGGAGUGAUGCCUUCACUCGGAGUGCAACCUCUGCUCGGAGUGCAACCUUUGCUCGGAGUGCAUCCUUCGCUCGGAGUGAAGCCUUCGCAUGGAGUGCAGCAUUUGCAUGGAGUGCAGCCUUUGCAUGGAGUGCAUCCAUCACAUGGGGUGGAGCAUUUGCAUGGAGUGCAGCUUUUGCAUGGAGUGAAACCUUCGCAUGGAGUGCUGCCUUCACACGAAGUGCUGCUGUUGCACGGCGUGCAUCCUUCGCAUGGAGUGCAGCCUUCGCACGGAGUGCUGCCAUCGCACGGAAUGCAGCCUUCACAUGCAGUGCAGCCUUUGCAAGGAGUGCAGCCUUCGCAAGGAGUGCAGCGUCCGGAAAGACUACUGCCUUCGCAAGGAGUGCUGCCUUCACAAGGUGUGCUGAUUCGCAAGGAGUGCUGAUUCGCAAGGAGUGCUGCCUUCGCAAGGAGUGCUGCCUUCGCAAGGAGUGCUGCCUUUGCAAGGAGUGCUGCCUUCACAAGGAGUGCUGCCUUCACAAGGAGUGCUGCCUUCGCAAGGAGUGCUGCCUGCGCAAAGAGUGCUGCCUGCGCAAAGAGUGCUGCCUUCGCAACGAGUGCUGCCUUCGCACGGAGUGCUGCCUUCGCACGGAGUGCAGCCUUUGUACGGAAUGCAGCCUUUGUACGGAAUGCAGCGUUUGCACGGAGUGCAGCCUUCGCACAGAGUGCAGCCUUCGCACGGUGUGCAGCCUUCGCACGGAGUGCAGCCUUCGUACCGAGUGCAGCCUUCGCAAGGACUGCAGCCUUCGCACAGAAUGCAGCCUUCGCAAUGAGUGCAGCCUUCGCACGGAGUGCUGCUGUCGCACGGAGUGA